AUGGCAGCCGCCCUCACAUCUCGCGUGACCCUCCGCGCGGCGCCCGUCGUCCGCGGCGCGAAGGCCUCCAAGGCCGCCGCGACCACCCGCCCGACGCGAUCCCUCGCCACCAGAGCGGCCAUCGCCGAUCUUCCCAAGGAGAACAAGGACACCAAGGUGCUCGUCGUCGGCGGCACCGGAUACAUCGGAAAGUUCGUCGUUCGCGAGCUCUGCGCGCAGGGCUACGACGUCACCGCGUUCGUCCGCGAGAAGUCCGGCAUCGGCGGCAAGACGGACGCGUCGGGCGCCAAGUCGAUGUUCCCCGACGCGUCCGUCAAGUUUGGGUCCGUCGGCUCCGUCGACUCCAUCCGAUCCGGCGCCUUCGACUCCGACUACGACGUCGUCGUCUCGUGCCUCGCGUCGCGCACCGGCGGCAUCAAGGACAGCUGGGACGUCGACUACCAGGCCACCAAGAACGUCCUCGACGUCGCGAGGGAGAAGGGCGCCAAGCACUUCGUCCUCCUCUCCGCCAUCUGCGUGCAGAAGCCGCUGCUGACGUUCCAGGCGGCCAAGCUGAAAUUCGAGGAGGAACUCCAAUCCGCGACGGACAUCAGCCACUCCAUCGUCCGCCCCACCGCGUUCUUCAAGUCCCUCGCGGGCCAGGUGGAGUCGGUCCAGAAGGGCGGGCCUUACGUCAUGUUCGGAGACGGCCAGCUGGCGUCUUGCAAGCCGAUUUCCGAGCGGGACCUCGCGAAAUACAUGGCGGAGUGCAUCCGGGACGCAUCGCUGGAGAAUAAAGUUCUGCCCAUCGGUGGCCCUGGGAAGGCGAUGAGCGCGUUGGAGCAGGGCACCAUGCUCUUCGACAUCCUCGGCAUGGAGCCCAAGUUCGUCAAGGUGCCGAUCGAGGUCAUGGACGGCGUCAUCAAGAUCCUCGACACGUUCGCGGGAUUCUUCGCCAACAUGAGGGACGCCGCGGAGUUUGGCAAGAUCGGCCGGUACUACGCCGCCGAGUCCAUGCUGGUGCUCGAUUCAACGACCGGGGAGUACGACGCGAGCAAGACGCCGAGCUACGGGACGGACACCCUCGAGGCGUUCUUCAAGAAGGUGAGCGUGGAGGGUCUGGCGGGGCAGGAGCUCGGAGACCAGGCGGUGUUCAAGUGA